UAGAUUAUUCCUCACUUUCGGGUUUUGAGUCUACAAUUCUGUUGCCCGCUGUUUGAGGACACAUUCACGAGCUUCUCCUUUUCAUUGGUUUUCUUUUUCUGGGAUGUUCUUUAGCUUCGCGACUGAUGGCAAGGUUUGCAGUUGCCGAAGACCAGUUCAGUGAGCUUUCACGAGGAAGUAGACCUCUCAAAUUGCGCUUCAAGCUUUUUUGUCUGUCAGAUGGGUAGAGCUUCUCGGUCAGUUUAGGCGUGUUUUUGAGGAGAUCGGGUGAGGUGAAGUGGGGAGGCGAUGGCGGGAGGAGGCGAAGGGUCGCAGAAGUCGUUGGAGCAGACACCGACAUGGGCCGUGGCGGCAGUAUGUACCGUGUUCGUGAUAGCAUCUCUUCUGGUUGAACGAGGAAUCCACAAGCUCGGAAAGUAUUUCAAACGAGCCCAGAGAAAGGAAUUAUUCCACACGCUCCAGCAGAUUAAGAAUGAAUUGAUGCUGCUGGGAUUCAUUUCCCUGUUGCUUACAGUCUUUCAGAACAAGGUAGCCUCCAUUUGUAUGCCGGAGAGGUUCGGCCACAGAAUGCUGCCGUGCCCAUACGUACCACCUGCGAGUGAAGCUUCAGUUGCAGCUCGUCGGCGAUUGUUUGCAACAGAGGCUACUGCUACAACUGGAUGCAAAGCGGGCUAUGUGCCAGUGAUUUCUGUGGAGGGUCUCCACCAGCUCCACAUAUUCAUCUUCAUCUUGGCUGUCGUUCAUGUCUGUUACAGCUGCCUUACUGUUCUAGUUGGCUUGUUGCAAGUGCACAGUUGGAAGAAGUGGGAGAUUCAAGCUCACAGUGAGGGAGAUGCAGCUUUAAACGCAGCCUUGAAGCCGGACCAUCACGGAAGGCAUGAGCAUCUUUUGAAGGCUCAUGGUACAAACUUUGCUGAAAGUCGAGUGAAAUACAGAUUUCUGCACCAGUCGAUAACUGGUCUAAACCUCGACAGUUACAUUUACAGUUUUUUUCGGCAAUUUGGAAAGCCCAUCUAUCGAACAGAUUAUUUUUGUCUGCGUGUGGGCUUCAUUACAAAGCACAAUCUCUCUCCAGAUUACGAUUUUUAUCACUACAUCCGACGAGCUAUGGAAGAGGACUUCAAACGCGUGGUUGGCAUUAGUGCUUUCCUCUGGGCAAUCGUCUGCAUAUUCCUAUUAACAGAUCUGAAUGGCUGGUACACCUACUUCUGGAUAGCAUUCAUACCCACAAUUUUGGUCUUGAUUGUGGGAGCGAAGCUUCAGCAUAUCAUUAUCAGUUUAGCAAUUGAAGUGAGAGGAGGUGUGGACAAAAUAACGAUUACAGAUCCAGAUCAGCUCGAUGACGGUUUUAAGAAAGCAGAGAAACCGAAAGUGGCAGCAUUAAUCGAACCCACGAAACCCCGAGAUGACUUAUUUUGGUUUAAAAGGCCUCACGUCCUGGUCAAACUGAUCCACUUCAUUCUCUUCCAGAAUGCUUUUGAGUUGGCUUUCUUCUUCUGGGCAAUGUUUACAUAUGGAAUUGACUCCUGUCUUGUUGGGAAAAGAUGGAUGAUCCUUGUCCGGCUUGGGAUGGGGGUUUUUGUGCAAAUUCUGUGUAGCGCCAGUACUUUGCCUCUGUACGCCCUAGUGAGCCAGAUGGGAUCCUCUAUCAAGUUUGACCCUGACUGGCGUGAACGACCCGACAAGGCCAACAAAGGGAACCAAAAGCUUAAUGGAAAAGCACGCCAUUUGGCUGGAAUCUUAGGCGUCGAUAAGGAAGUGAACAGGAAGGAUCGAGCUGUGGACAUUGAGCUUCCUAUUCAUCGUGGUGCUAAUAAUAUGCAUCCUUAUCCUCAUCCUGAUCAAGGUGGUUCCAAUGCCAUGGAGAUUGAUGAAGCACCAAUGCCAAUCCUGCCAAAAUCUGCUGAUCCUCGAAACAAUCCAAGCUCUGAACGGGAGACAGAUUCAGAAAAACUUUCUCCAGCCAACGUUUUCAAACUUGCUGCUGAAAAAGAGAAGCUGAAAAAAUCUAGAAGUGAACAAAAAGACGAUAUACCUUAAAAUGUUAGCUUAAUUUGAAGAAUUUUAAGUGCUCAUUUUCCAUAUUCUCUUUUUAGGAUACUUUGUGCGCUAGUUGCACUUGAACUUAGGGUGAUUUAUAGAAAAAAGAAAUUAAUUAAUUAAAUGAAGAAUUCAUAAAAUGUACACAUUAUGUACAAAAAAUAAAAUAGGUUUUGAAUUUAAACAAUGAAACAUAUAAAUGUCGAUUUA